GAUGCCAAUUGAAAAUUACUGCUACAACUUGGUAGCUUGAAGAUAAGCCCAGGCCGUCCGUCGUCUUCAUCAAGCUUCAGACUUCAGAGAGAAAGCUUUCUGUUUUUUCCUUCCAACGGCAAAAGAAAGCACGGAAAAUGGCGAAUGCGUGUGUAUACACAUCGAUGGCUUCUUCUCUCAGGCUUAAUUCUCCUCACUUCUCCGCGAACCCUAGUUCCACCUCUGAAGUUAAACCCUUCUCUCUCUCAUGUCCGCUAUUCUCUUCCAGGAAAGUAAGAAAGCUGACUGAAAAUCGUAAGGGAAAUUAUCUGAACCAUUCUGUAAAGGCUGUUUACACAGAUGAUCUUUGGGAGACACAGUCGAAUGAUUUAAGAAGGGGUAUAUGGUCUGUUAGGGAUGAUAUUAAAGUUCCAUCUUCGCCAUACUUCCCAGCUUAUGCUCAAGGAGGACAAGGUGCUUCCCCUAUGGUGCAAGAAAGAUUCCAGAGUGUCAUCAGCCAGCUCUUCCAAUAUAGGAUAAUUCGUUGUGGUGGACCUGUUGAUGAUGAUAUGGCUAAUAUCAUAGUGGCUCAGCUUCUGUAUUUGGAUGCAGUUGAUCCCACCAAGGAUAUUGUCAUGUAUGUCAAUUCCCCAGGAGGAUCUGUAACAGCUGGUAUGGCAAUAUUUGACACAAUGAGGCACAUCCGACCUGAUGUCUCCACUGUAUGUGUUGGGCUAGCUGCUAGCAUGGGAGCUUUCCUGCUUAGUUCAGGCACUAAAGGAAAAAGAUACAGCCUGCCAAACUCUAGGAUAAUGAUCCAUCAACCUCUUGGUGGAGCCCAAGGUGGGCAAACAGAUAUUGACAUUCAGGCAAAUGAGAUGUUGCAUCACAAGGCGAAUCUGAACGGAUAUUUGGCUUAUCAUACUGGGCAAAGCCUUGCCAAGAUUAACCAGGAUACUGAUCGCGAUUUCUUCAUGAGUGCUAAAGAAGCCACCGACUAUGGCCUCAUAGAUGGGGUUAUCACAAAUCCUCUUAAAGUUCUUCAGCCUCUUGCAGCACCAGCUACAUGACCCAAUUAAUAAUAACAAUUCUUCUUUCUAUUAAUAACAUUUGAAUUUCUUAGACUGCAGCCCCUUUGUUCGUUUCCCAAAUAUGCUUGCUGGAAUUAUCAAUAAUUGAUUCUAUGUGUUGUGUUCCUUUU